UGUAAUUCCUGGGAAUCAAAUUCUUUCAUGAAAAAAAAAAAGCAAUAAGGAGCCUCGAGAUUUGACAGGAUGGUAUAUGUGACUGGAACUGGUUAACCUGUGUCCCUAAUAGAAGGGUAUAUCUUUCUCAAGAGAAACUCAAAUAACAUAAACUAAAAGGCAAAAAAUAAGCAAAACUUUCCUGAAAACCCUUCACCAUGAGAGGAGAAAUGGAAAGGACUGAACACAGCAAUGAUGAGACUUGAAGAAAAGACAGAACACUAAUCAAAAAAAGGUAUCAAGGCAGUUGCAAACAUGGCUCAGAGUAGAGAUGGCGAAAACCCCUUCACCGGGCCCGGCGAGCUUGACAACCCCUUUCAGGACCCAGCUGUGAUCCAGCACCCACCCAGCCCGCAGUAUGCCACUCUUGACGUCUACAACCCUUUUGAGACCCGGGAGCCCCCACUGGCUUAUGAGCCUCCUGCCCCUGCCCCGUUGCCUUCACCCUCGGCGCCCUCCUUGCAGUCGUCAAGAAAGCUCAGCACCACAGAACCCAAGAACUAUGGCUCCUACAGCACCCAGGCUUCAGCUGCUACAGCCACUGCUGAGCUGCUGAAGAAGCCGGAGGAGCUCAACCGGAAGGCCGAGGAGUUGGACCGGAGGGAGCGGGAACUGCAGCAUGCUGCCCUGGGGGGCACAGCUGCUCAACAGAACAAUUGGCACCCCCUACCUUCUUUUUGCCCAGUCCAGCCCUGCUUUUUCCAGGACAUCUCCAUGGAGAUCCCCCAAGAAUUUCAGAAGACCAUAUCUACCAUGUACUACCUCUGGAUGUGCAGCACGCUGGCCCUUCUCCUGAAUUUUCUUGCCUGCCUGGCCAGUUUCUGUGUGGAGACCAGCAAUGGCUCAGGCUUUGGGCUCUCUAUCCUCUGGGUCCUCCUUUUCACUCCCUGCUCCUUUGUGUGCUGGUACCGCCCCAUGUAUAAGGCCUUCCGGAGUGACAGUUCAUUCAAUUUCUUCGUUUUCUUCUUCAUUUUCUUCGUCCAGGAUGUGCUUUUUGUCCUCCAGGACAUUGGCAUCCCAGGUUGGGGGUUCAGUGGCUGGAUCUCUGCUCUGGUGGUGCUGAAGACCAACACAGCUGUAGCUGUGCUCAUGCUCCUGGUUGCCCUGCUCUUCACUGGCAUAGCUGUGCUGGGAAUUGUGAUGCUAAAGCGGAUCUACUCCUUGUACCGCCGCACAGGUGUCAGCUUUCAGAAAGCCCAGCAAGAAUUUGCUGCUGGUGUCUUCUCCAAACCCGUGGUGCCAACUGCUGCCGCCAACGCAGCCGCUGGCGCUGCCGAAAAUGCCUUCCGAGCCCCGUGA